AUCAACUGAUAACAGAAAAGUGGAUCUUGUUUUGAUAAUAUUUUAAUAUAAUCUAAUUAAAAUGGAAAAAAGUAAAUUUAGAUUACUCGUUGGUGCUACAGGAAGUGUUGCAGCUCUAAAAAUACCAAUUUUAAUAGACUCUUUAUUAAAACUAAAUGAUCAACAGCAAUAUAUUUUUGAGAUCUAUGUUGUUGUAACAGAACAUGCGAAACAUUUCUUCGAAACUUCAAACUUACCUGGUGAUGUUAAAGUAUACGACGAUGCAGAAGAAUGGAGCAGUUGGAAUAAAAGAGGCGAUCCUGUUGUUCACAUAGAACUUGGAAAGUGGGCUGAUAUGAUGAUCAUUGCACCUUUAGAUGCUAACACUCUGGCUAAAAUGGCUCAGGGUCUUUGUGACAAUCUUCUAACCUGUACCACCCGAGCUUGGGAUAUGAGCAAGCCGUUGCUGUUUUGUCCUGCGAUGAACACAAGAAUGUGGGAACAUCCUCUCACAUACAAACACAUACAGAUACUAAAGGAAUGGGGCCAUGAAGAAAUACCACCUAUUAAAAAGAAACUAAUAUGUGGCGACACUGGUGUAGGUGCUAUGGCUGAAGUCGAAGCUAUCGUUGAGAGAAUAAAAAGUGUUGCCAAUGAUAAAAUGUUGAAAGCAAACAAUUAAAUAAAUUUUAUUGUUAAUUGAUUGCAUUGUAAAUAAAUUUGUUUUUAUACAUAAUUAUUUUGCU